AUGUCGUUACUCCCUCAAUACAGGAAAGAUGUCAAGAACGACGAGGAGAGCGUCCCUCUCUUCUCUUCCGAUGAUGAUUCACUUCCUGCUUAUCCACCUCGAGUAGGAGAAUCAUCCGGUACAACCACUCAUAAUGUCACCUAUACGUUCGUACCGCGGUGGCCAAUCAAAGGGUCUCAACAAGAUGCUUUGGGCGUCCUAGGCGAAAGCAAGGAGGAAACAAUCGCUAUAGUCCAGCGCGGAUUCAACACCUUGGCUGAAUAUUCUCCUGACCGUAUCGAAUUCCUUUCCCCCGUAGAAGUCGACUCUGAAGGAAAGGUACGUGACGAUAGGUGGGGUAAGGUCUUGGAUGAAGCCUGGCCUGGAUUCAAGAGCAAUCCCCCUAGAAGAUUAAGGGUGCAAAUCGCAGAUGGACCUGGUGACGAGCAGCGAAGAAACAACAGAGAAAAAAAAAUUGUCGCUGCUGUUGUGACCGGCAUCUUCAGUCCUUUUGUUCUCUUUGGGAUCUUAGGUAUCUCAGGUUUUUUCGAUUAA